GUUCGCGAUGCUAGGGGAAUAUUUACUCCACAGUCUGUGGGACACCCGUGCGCGCUCCCGUCCCCUUCUCCAUUAUUACACAUGUGUGUGCGCGCGUCAGCGUGUGACGAGGAGCCGGCUGGCCGCGUGGCGGGCACACACAGUCACCAGGAGGCGAGACUAUUUGGAAUGGCUUUUUACGGGCGCGUCCCGGCAUUUCAGCGAAGUGUGCCGUGUCUGUGUUGGGUUUAGUUACUGCAACUAGCCCGUCACUGUUACAGCGUUACCGUUUUACUUCUCACAUCAACUCCCCGCCCCCACCGUGUUGCACAAGUUAAUAUGGCACGGCUGUCCCCUCCCCCUUUAGUUUGUGCACGUUGUCUUACUCAUUGAAAAGGCGCAUACAUAUGUCUCUGCACUCACUGCCUUCACAUGUCUCUGCACUCACUGCCUUCACAUGUCUCCUUUCCCCUCACUGCCUUCACAUGUCUCUGCACUCACUGCCUUCACAUGUCUCUGCACUCACUGCCUUCACAUGUCUCCUUUCCCCUCACUGCCUUCACAUGUCUCUGCACUCACUGCCUUCACAUGUCUCCUUUCCCCUCACUGCCUUCACAUGUCUCUGCACUCACUGCCUUCACAUGUCUCUGCACUCACUGCCUUCACAUGUCUCCUUUCCCCUCACUGCCUUCACAUGUCUCCUUUCCCCUCACAUGGUGUCCGGCCUUGUCGGCCCCACUCAGAGUCAGACACUGCUCAUGAGGGAACUCUAGACAAUGAGGAAAACACCAAUCCCCAAUCUACGGAAGAGGAAAAAGAAACUGGUCAGGAGAUUGAAAACACCAAUCCCCAAUCUACGGAAGAGGAAAAAGAAACUGGUCAGGAGAUUGUAAGCCCCGAUCAGUACAUUAAGCAUCCACUACAGAACAGAUGGGCCCUUUGGUUCUUCAAAAACGAUAAAAGCAAAACUUGGCAGGCUAAUCUGCGCCUCAUUUCAAAAUUUGAUACAGUUGAAGAUUUUUGGGCGCUUUACAAUCAUAUCCAGUUGUCUAGUAACUUAAUGUCCGGAUGUGACUAUUCACUCUUUAAGGAUGGGAUUGAGCCUAUGUGGGAAGAUGAAAAGAACAAGCGUGGAGGUAGAUGGCUAAUCACACUAAACAAACAGCAGAGAAGAAAUGAUUUAGAUCGUUUUUGGCUAGAGACGCUCAUGUGCCUUAUUGGAGAGUCCUUUGAUGAACAUAGCGACGAUGUAUGUGGUGCAGUUGUAAAUGUUAGAGCAAAAGGGGAUAAAAUAGCAAUCUGGACUACUGAAUUUGAAAACAAGGAUGCUGUUACACAUAUAGGUUCCCAUUUCUCCUCGCGUGGAAGUUCGCAAUAUUAUGGAAAUGACGUCACUGCCUCUGAUGAAGUCCUAAAAUGAUGUAAGAUGAAGGUGGUGACUUCUCCAAGCGCCCCAGGAGUGUUACAGCGGGUUGGAGCCGAAACCACAAUAGCAACUUGCACAGUAACACGACAGAGGGACAGAGGAGAUUUGAUGUGCCUUUUUAAAACGUCUCAAAUCAUGGAGUAAUCACUGAGAACCUGACUAUUCUGAUGAAUGUGAUUUAAAGCUCAAACGCUUGUAAGUACCCAACUUUUAGCAAACACGUGGUGAUUGUAACAAGUAAUCUGACACCCUUUAGUAAGUUUUGGCAAUAUGUGGAACUACAACAACCAACCCACUACACUUAGAUUCCCUUUAUGCUGCAUUCUUGUCUCCCCGAGCUUUUUAGCGCUGACUCAUACAGACUUUAAUAUUUCAAACAGAUUUGUUUUGUAAUCCAUUUAUAAAGGCAGUGUAAACAAUUCAUGUUACAAAAACGCUGUGAUCGCAUCCUUCGCAUCUCCAAAUAAAAAAUGCCCCCCAAAUCCUGUGAACUCUGACAUUGACAUUUGGAGGCCCAUUUGUCGAUGGUCGAAUUUCAAAUUCAUGUGAAAUUUUUUUGAUUUAUUUUUUUACUCUAAUAAAUUCGAAUGUAUUCGAAA